AUGGAUCUUUGUCGCGGCGGCGAGCUCUUUGAUAUGAUCAACGAGUAUGACCGCCUCUCUGAAGCUGACACCGCGGUCAUCGCCAAGCAGCUUCUAGGUGGCAUUGAUUACAUGCAUAGCAAGGGGGUGAUGCACCGUGACAUCAAAGCGGAGAACGUGCUGUUGACCGAAUGGUCUGCGACGGCGGUGGUCAAGAUCAUCGACUUCGGAAUCGCAGCCAAGUUUCAGCGGGGCGAGAUGUUCGAUAAGGUCUCAGGAUCACCUCAGUAUAUGGCUCCCGAAUUAGUGGGCCAACGAUACGACUAUCGGGUGGAUAUGUGGGCCUUUGGUAUUCUCAUGUACUUCACCUUGUAUGGCCGUUACCCCUUCGACGGCAACAACGUCCGAGAGAUUCUGCUUACCGUCCUCCAUGGCACCAUUGAAUGGGAGUCCGAUGCGCACAUCGAUGCGAAGACGGUGAGCUUCUUAAAGGGUUGCCUCCAACGAAAGCCUCGCAAACGCACCACCGCCAAGGCGGCCUUGAGCCAUCCUUGGAUCAUGUCCGCCCGCAAGCCCGACGCAGAGAAGCAUCGAGAGCCGACCGAGAUGAACAUCAGCCCAGACAUGCUCAAAGAACAAGGCCGUGGUAAUAGCAAGCCAACGGACGCCGUGCCUGUGGAGACAGGCAAAGACGGCGGCGGCGGCAGCACGGCCAAGCGGGCCAACCGACUGCAGGAAUCCAGUUCAUCCCGUCAGGACAUUGAUCCGCAGCUCGCGUCGGGGGGUCAGACGGAAGACCCGCAGAAGUCAGGAAGUCAGGGAGUGGAGUUCUUGCUGGAUGCCAAUCAGGCCUUGGAGUUCCAAGACAUGUAUUCCGACUGGAAGCGGCAGACCUCCACCGACUCCACUGCCUCCUCGGCUUCGCAGAUGGGUUACUACCCUGGUGGAUCCAUGGCGGAGGUGGCGGAAGAGGAUGAAGACGUCAAGAGGAUGAAGGCAGAGCUUGGUUCUGAAAUGGAUGAGGACGUUUCACCUCAAGCAGUAGGCAUUCCAUUGGUCCCGCCGCUCCGUAUUGGAGAAGGCACCUCGAGGGGCUCUGGCAACUUGAAUGCCAUGGCUAUGAAUCGGUCUAUCGUCCCCGUCAGUCCUGUGGCCUCGGGGCCUUUGGAUCCGGUGACCUGA